CCUGCUCUUUUCGCCACUGUGUCGGUGGCGGAAGGAAAAGCUGUCAUAUUAGUCAUGCGCGGUUUCGAACGUUGCAUCGCUGACAGUGAAGUGCUAGUCAUCGAUGGAACGUUCCUGACUGUCCCAGCUGGAUUGUCAAUUUGCCAAAUUUUAACGGUACACAGUAUAAUUUCUGGACACAAUUUUCAUCCUGCUGUAGUCCUGAUGCAGAACCGCCGCCGUCCUCUGUAUGAGGCAGUUUUCCGUAGAAUUUGGCAAGCGGCUGGCAAUCCAAGACCACAACAAAUUAUAACAGAUUAUGAGCAGGCCUUACGGUCUGCUCUUGCUUCUGUUACAGGAAUUGCAACCCAAGGCUGCAUGUUUCAUUAUGUGCAAGCUUUGGUGAGGCAGGCACGGCAGCUCGGGUUGCAGGCGCAGCAGCGCCAGAGCGCGGCGCACCGGCUUGUGUCGCUGUACAGCGCGCUGGCGCUCCUGCCGGCCUAGCCGAGUUGUCGCACAUCGCACAGCAGGAAAGGCUUCCUUACAAUGAAGACUUUCAUAAUUACUUUGUUGCGCAGUGGAUGGCACGCGUGGGCCCAGAAGGGUUCAGCGUUCAUGGUACUGCUCAUCGCACAUCAAACGUCGCAGAAAGUUUCCAUGCUUCUCUGCGACGGGCUCUUGGAGCCUCUCCGAAUGUUUGGAGGUUUACAGAUGUGCUGACACAGAAGUUCGCCGUAAGCGCGUCUCGCCUGGAGGCGUACCGCCGCGGGGAGCCUCUGGCGCGCCGCAACCGGGAGCGCCUUUAUAUCAGGACAACUGUUUUGAGAAAUAACACGAGGGCACUCGAGCAAGGAGUUAUCUCCAUUCGAGAGUUCCUCGUGCAAACGAGCAGAUUGUUGGACGUAGGCGUUGAGGCUGUUGUAGAUGACGUCCCAGAAUUCGCUCAAGAAGUUGUCAUUGCAGACAACAUUGAGCAGGUAGCACCGGAGGUGGUCCAGGCUCCUAUUCUGGUACCCGCCGAUGUCCUGCCCGCGUCUCCCCCCCGCGUCUCCCCCCCGCCACGAUAA